AUGUCGAACCUCAUAGUCUAUGCAACAACCAAGACAACGCCAAAACAAAAAGAAGAAUCACAAAUCCAAACAAUAAAAUUGAGAAGGAGAAUAACGUUGUACAGUGCCUCCUGUGAAAUCAAACAUUCGGCACCGGUAUCAACAAAACAGCAGGAUCAAACAUUCGUCACCGGUAUCAACAAAACAGCAGGAUCAAACAUUCGACACCGGUAUCAACAAAACAGCAGGAUCAAACAUUCGGCAACGGUAUCAACAAAACAGCAGGAUCAAACAUUCGGCAUCGGUAUCAACAAAACAGCAGGAUCAAACAUUCGGCAGCGGUAUCAACAAAACAGCAGGAUCAAACAUUCGACACCGGGAUCAACAAAACAGCAGGAUCAAACAUUCGGCAACGGUAUCAACAAAACAGCAGGAUCAAACAGUCGGCAUCGGUAUCAACAAAACAGCAGGAUCAAACAUUCGACACCGGGAUCAACAAAACAGCAGGAUCAAACAUUCGGCAACGGUAUCAACAAAACAGCAGGAUCAAAAAUUCGGCAUCGGUAUCAACAAAACAGCAGGAUCAAACAUUUGGCACCGGUAUCAACAAAACAUUAGGGUCAAACAUAAUGAAACAGCUCAACACACUACGACAAAUCCAAACUUUAAGCCAAUACGAAAUGACAAUUUUAACAAAAAAGACAAAGGGAAAACUGUAUGAACCCAACUAUAAAAAAAAACAACUCAAGUGUGGUGUAAACAGAGUACUUUCAACCUGAGUGAUUUUAUAUUUUUAUGUUUAAGACUUAAAAAUUCUUAUCCCGGGGUUAAAAUUUCUCUCAUAGCAUCACAUAGGUGUAUAUAAUUAUUCUGAUAAAUAAAAUCACCAUCGACCUGAUAUAUAGUAAACCAGUUAUGAUUAAAAGACAGUAAUCCCAGUUGGAAAUCGUAGUGGUUGGCAGGUCUUCACAUCCAGACGCUACCUUGUGAUGCAGUGACGCUCCAGGUACAUGUAGCUGAGAACACACCAUGCAUCACUUAUAGAGAUUGUUUCUGCUAUGGAUAUUGUCACGGAAUAAAUAACAUAAUUUCUUGUUAUACUCGAAGUAUGUCAAAGUAGGAGAUCAACAUAAAAACAAACUCAUUUCAAUAGCUUUCCUUCGGCACGAUAGAUAACUCCUACAAGUUCAAAUAUUUAACUGAUUUUGU